GCAGCUGGAGGCGCCCCCCGAGAGGGUUUCGCCCCAAUUUCCCCCCAGUUUGCCCCAAAAGCCGCGGCCGGGAGAGGUGAAAUCGGAAAAAGCCAAAGCGAGCGAGGCGGAGAAAGAGAGGAAUAAAAUGCAGAAACUCGGCAGCGAGCCCGGCAGCAGCGAGAAUUCCGACAGCGAGGCCAAAGAGGAGCCCAAGGCGGGAGGAGGAGGAGGAAGAGCCGAGGACGAGGAGGGCGCGGGCGGGACGUGGCUGCGGGCGCGCAGCGGGAGGAAGAAGCGCUGCCCGUACACCAAGCACCAGACGCUGGAGCUGGAGAAGGAAUUCCUGUUCAACAUGUACCUGACCCGCGAGCGCCGCCUGGAGAUCAGCCGCAGCAUCGCGCUCACCGACCGCCAGGUCAAGAUCUGGUUCCAGAACCGCCGCAUGAAGCUCAAGAAGAUGAACCGCGAGAACCGGAUCCGCGAGCUCAGCUCCGCCUUCGGCUUCAGCUGAGCCCCCGCCCGACACCGCCCGCCUUCCCCCCUCAC